AUGAACAACAUUCUCGUCCGUUUGAAUGUAAAGUCCUUUCUCAACUUCCGCAACGCCAACGCGAAGACACAUCAUAUCGCAGAGGCCAUCCUAGACUGCAAGGAUGUCAUGCUUCAUGCCAGGGCAGCCAUCAUCAACAUCGCUCGUACCGGGUUGGGCGGGCAUAUAACCAUCGGCGACAUCCACCUCGCUCUGACCUCGCCAAAGUGCGCCUUUUGCGAGGAGUAUGGCUCUAUGCUAUUCCUCCCGACAUGCACUAGAACAUGUCACGAGUGCCUCCGAACCUCGCCUCGGAUGGCGAUGAUUAGCACGGAAGAAAUUCUUCCAUUUUAUACUCGAUUUGGCAAAUACCGAGGGCCUGGCAAUAGAUCUCACCUCGUCAAGUCCUUGCUUAAGUCUUCUAUGGCGAGUGUUCGAGUCCGCAACCAUGUACGCCCCGACCAAGUGAUGAAGCGUAUUCGAGCCGUCUUGGUUGAUGACCUGUUCUGGCUCUGCGAAGAGCUGGGCAUCGAAACGACUGAAGCCAUGCGCUUCUUGUUUGAGAAUGAGUGGCUACACUAUCGUACCGCCGCUACUAUUAACUUUCCUUAUCUGAACACCGCAACAGGUGAACUAGAGAAAGGUCGUAGCUGCAGGGGAUGCCAGGAGGCGUUUGAGGAACGAACCAUGCAAGGCAUGGUACUACCUGGCGCCGGACGUAUCUCCGCUGCAGCAGCAGCACGUGAUAACUGCUAUUCUCAUGAAGGCUUUGCGAAGCACUUCAAGACUUGCGAGCAUGCCCAGCGCGUCUGGAAGAGCCGUGAGCUGCCUGGUCGAGAGUCCUGGUUUGCAGCGAAUGGGGGGAUGCUUUGGGGGAUCGAAGAGCGAGCGGAAUACUGCCAGAGGUUGGUGGCCCGAGUUCCUCUGGUGAAUAACGAGGAAUUCUGGGUCAUGGCUGGCGUGGCGAUCCAGGUUGUCUUCUACUUUUGUGUACUGGUUGGGUAUGCCCUGUGGCAUUGA